AUUUACAUAAAAGUCCAGAUUCUUGUUUAAAUUGCAGGGCGAGGUGGAAGGUAGAAAAUACUUGUGUUAAACUAAAUUCCAGCUAGUUUUGGUGCAAAAAAACUCUGACUAAAAUAAAGGGGCAGUUCACCCAAAUAUGAAAAUUCUGCCACUAUUUACUAAUCCUCAUGUCAUUCCAAACCUGUGUAGGGAAGUACAGAUAAGACCUGUAGACCAGUUAUGAUGAAUGAAGACCAGGAGUCAGAGAUGUAAUCAGUCGAGGAAAAAUUGACUUAAACUACUUUUGUUUGUAGUUUCAUCAGCAGAAGUCGGCUUCAGUACUCAGCAAGGAGUUUGUAGGCUGCUCUCCCCAUACAUCAAACACAGCAGUUAUACUCUAACAGAAAUCAUACUUCACUCACCCACGUUUCUGUUUGGUACAGAUAUGGGAGCUUUACCUGCAAACCCAUGUGAGAUUGCUGUGAUUCAUUUGCUCCAUGAAAAUGACCACCUCUGCAGAUGAUUUAUUUAGUUCCCAGAUAUGUGUAUAUUCUAUAGUCUAUCAAAACUGCUUCCUCUCCUCUUCAUGAAGAUUGUGCUUUGUGUGGCAGCAUGCAAUAAUGUAGAAUAUGAAAUUAAUGGAGAUUGUUGCCCGAUGUGUGAUCAAGGAAAGCGAGUUCAUAAACAUUGUGAUGAGUACACAAGCACAACAUGUGAUUCAUGCCUUGUGAGGACUUACACUGAUGCUCCUAAUGGAUUUACAGAAUGUCUGCCCUGUUCUGUCUGUGAUCCAAGUGAUGGGCUGAGAGUAAAGCAGAUAUGUACAUUAAUAUCAGAUACAGUGUGUGAACCUCUGCCAGGUUAUUACUGUAUAGACUUGCUCUCCAACUGUAAAAGGGCCAUGAAACAUUCAACCUGCUCACCUGGACAAUACAUCAACCAAACCGGAACAGAGUUCAGAGAUACAGUGUGUGAUUACUGUCCUGCUGGUUCAUAUUCAAAUGGUACAUUCUGCAAAUUGCAUACAAACUGUGCAUCUCUUGACAAAAUAACAAUCAAGGAAGGAACAGAUAAGACUGAUGCUGAGUGCAGUAACAGAGCACCUUAUUUACUGCCACUGAUUCUGUGUGGAGUGUUUUCGCUGUCGUUUAUUGUCAUAAUUGUAAUUUUUGUAAAGAAAAAAAUUAAGCAAAAUAGUGGAUUAAAUCAAGUUACAAAUCAAGAUUUAAACCUGUACAUUUUGAUUUUGAAGUAAUAUUUAUAAAUAGUAAUUACUAUUUCUAUGUUUAAUAUUUUUUCAUGAGCACCAAAAUCAAGCUGGUCCUCCCUCUAACCAAGUUAUUUGCUCUCUUGGCUAACUUUUAUAGAUUAAACUUGUAUAAAUGCCUGGCAAAAGUUGCAUAGAUCCCCCAGCAGAUCUUUGAUCAAAGAUUCAGUCAUGUUUAGUGGACUUUUUUUGGGACAAGCUGCACUGGGUACCAAAAAGUGUAUUGAAACUUCCUAAAGAAGAAGGAGGACUUGGACUGGUGCAUCUACAAACAUUCAGUUCAUACAAAGACUUUUAACAGGCUCAGAGAACCCAAACCUCUACACUGAGAGGGGUUGAAGGACUAGGAUUGGAUAGAGCCUCACUGUGGCUAGAUCCUCAGAAGCUGAAACUCUCCAAGUUUCCUGCUUUUUAUCAAAUCUUUUUAAAGUGUGUGCCUUGUUCAAGAUUCCAAAGAAGAGGACUGUGAACUCUUUGUUCUGGCUGUUGCACGAGCCAUUAAUAUUUGACUCACGUUUGGCCUUGUCCAGUGAACUGAGUUACUUUGUGACAGAAGAGAAUCUUCUCAACUCUGGAGCUAACUUUAUAGAUGUUCAGGGACUGAGAAACUGUGGUUGAGAUCUACUCGUUUGGUUGCCAGAGCACUUGACGAGUGGAGGACUGCUUUGCCUGAAAAAGAACUGAAAUUGUUAUUGGAUUACUCACUGGGGUUUAUUAAUCCAGAUUGUACUGAUUCUUUUCCCGAGUUAUAUUUAACUCCCAUAAUGGACAAUUGUGGAGGCUGUUUCUUAGAGGUUAACAAUUUGAUUGUGAUGGGCUCAGAAUGCUACUUCUGGAAAGGUCUGUUACAAAAUCUGUUCUCAAAUCUUUAAUAAGAAGACUAUUGUAUAAAAAAAUGUAUCCUCCUUGGCGUGGUAUGCUUCAUUUGAAAGAGAGUGAAAAACCUGAGUGGAGAGUAUUGUAUAAGUCAGCAUUAUCUAAGAGAAUUGGAGAUGUUGCUAUUGCAGUGAACACUUUUGUUUCCGUUAUUAACCCGGAUGUUGAUCAAAACUGUUCUUUUUGUUCACAAAAAAUUCAAUUCAAUUCGAUUCAAUUGAGCUUUAUUGGCAUGACUGUGGAAUAGCACAAUGUUGCUAAACUGUUGCUACUUUGAUCUGCAAAUCAUGGAUGUAUUCUUCCUGGGUUAUUCUUCCAAUUUCUUUAACUUUUGCGUGUCUUAUUUCCCAGUGUUGUGUCUUGUGUGCUU